AUGAACGGGAGCUUCGGGGUAGCCGUAGCGACGGCGGAGCAGGUCGUCCACGGCUGUGCCGCGGCCGUGUUUGCUCCCAAGGCGGGAGAGAAGAAGCAGGCGAAGGAAGCGUGCUGUGGCUGCGGGAUCGUCUCCUCCCGGCGGGGGAGGGUCUCUGGCCUGGAGAGGAUGGUGCUUCGGGCUGCGUCUCCAGGGGAGACGUGGAGGAUUAGUCCGGUUGUGUCUUGCUUAUCUUCUUCCUCCUCAUCAGCGGGAGGAGGGGCCGAAGCUCGCGGCCUCACGUAUAAGGAAGCCGGCGUCGACAUCGACGCCGGCACGGAGCUCGUUCGAAGGAUCGCCAAGAUGGCGCCAGGCAUUGGGGGUUUUGGCGGGCUGUUCCCCCUGGGUACUUUCCUCACUUAUUAUGCCGAUUCUUCCUUUGAUACAUUUCUCUGUUCAGGGAAUCCCUGAAGCUAAGAACAACUCGUCCAUAGCCUUACUAUCCUUGCCCUUUCUUUCUUCUCCCUGCGGGGAAUUUUCUCGGGGAAAAUUAGAAGCAAAGUGGCAGCUGAAUGCUCCGUUGUACUCUUUUUUCUUUCUCUCAUAUAUUACUUUUUCUCAUCACAGACGAAGUCUUUCUGACAGAGAGACUGUGGUAACGAUUUUCUGUGAUCUCUCCCCUUGAAUUUACUUGCUUUUUGUGAUCUCAUGUCCCACUGUAUUUGGAUAUGCCUUGCAUUAAUGGAAGCUUUAUGCUGUCUGCCUAUUAUAGUUCUCUCUAGUGCUCGACAAAGUCGGUAUUUGAAAUUUUCUUCCAAUUAUUUCAGUUUCCCAUGAGUUUUGUCUAUUAUUUAUUCUUUCAGGAGAUAUUGAUAUUAAUUCAGAAAUCUCCAUAUGGAUUUAAUCAUCGUCUCCAUAUGGAAACGUAAAAAAUAUCCAUGAGUUUUGCCCAUAUGGAUUCAGAAAUCUUCCAGUUUUGUGAUUCUCUGUUCAUCGAUACCAAGAAGCAGAGCGUCAAUUUCCAUAUGGAUUUGACUAAUUAGCCGAUUUCACAGCGUACUUCAAAGAUUUCACGGCUCAAAAAAUGAGAUUUAAUUCUCUGAAAGUUUGGUAUCUCAUAUGAACUCAGAAUUGAAUGGCCGUAUGAAUUUUCUUUUAUAAGAAGUUUUGCAAGUCCUAUGUGAACUGAAACACACUUGAAAAACAGGACAAUUGUCGGGAAUAUCACUUCCCAGAAAAAUAGUUAUUUGGAAUAAUCCUCACUUAUGGUCCUAUAGGCUCACAAGUGGUUGGUUCCCGAGCAGCCAGUAUGAGGGAAAAUCUUUUAGUUGAAACCCUUGGAAUUUUUUAGGCUCUGCAUGACCUGAAAGCUUUCCAGUGUCCAACAACCAUUAAAUGUCAAUGGGAAACGCUGCCUGUUGUGAGGACCGGUGCAAAAUAUUAUACUCAAUAUUCUCUGAUUUUCGGUGUCAACCUAGAGGCCUUGGACGAAUCUAAUACUCAUUAACUCUCUGCUGCUUUUGCUACCUUUCAUGAAGGCACAUGCCAAACUUGUAUACUUUUUGGCUCUCUUUGUGAACAUAUAACUUUUUUUAAAAAAAACGGUCAACGACUAGACCAUGAUUGUAUUUACAUGCGACAGACACUGGUUUUUUUGUAGAUAUUCUGAUUUUCCAUGGGAUAAAAUAGCUCAAAGCUUGGUGCUACUGGAAAUUUCAAUGCUUUUUUUGAAAUUUUUGGAAGUGAUCAACCAAUGAGUCUUGUUUAACGAAAAAUAUGGACUCUGGGGCACUGAAACCACAAAUGAAUAAUUCUCAAAAUGAGACUUCCAAAUAACUUCAUAAAAUUUUGAUGAAUUAAAAUAUUGUGCAUUAUAAACCAAUUUUUUGUUUAAUAUGAUCAGGGGAUUCAUACCUUGUUGCUGGUACGGAUGGUGUUGGAACCAAGCUUAAACUGGCAUUUGAAACGGGCAUCCAUGGUACCAUUGGGAUUGAUCUGGUAGAGGCCGUUACUUUUUCACAACCAAAAAUGAUUCACUGGUUCAUAGUGAACAAAGUCUGUUUGAUGCAUCUUCACAGGUUGCGAUGAGUGUGAAUGAUAUUGUUACUUCUGGAGCGAAACCAUUGUUCUUUCUUGACUAUUUUGCAACAAGCCAGCUUGAUGUUGAUCUCGCAGAACAGGUGGAUAUCACAAACUUCUCAUGUUUUCUUACAAUGAAUUCCUUAUGAAUCUUUAGGUUUAAGGUUUCUUUUCUACUUGAAAUUGUGUUGAUUAUGUCCAGUGUUAUCUUUAUAUCACUGCUUGUUAUAUCAAUGUUCAUUUUGUGGUGCAUUUCAGGUAAUAAAGGGGAUUGUUGAUGGAUGCCGGCAAUCUGACUGUGUUCUCUUGGGAGGAGAGGUACCAUAAUUAGCAUUUUUUACCAGAAAUUUCUAUUUUACUGAGUCAUGCAUCUCUUUGCCAUAGCUCCCUUUUUUUGUUUUUUGGGUUUAAACCUCCGAAACCUUGUAUUCGAAAUUUUUUUUUCCUCUCUUUCAGAUUUAGAAAAAAGCUAUACAAACUGGAUCUACCGUUAUUUCAUUGAUGAGUGGCCAUGCUUUUAAGGAAAGUAAGUGCUUUCUGAGAAGAGAACGUAAAAAUCUUCCUCCUUGAGAGAGGAAGUAAAUAGCAUCAAUAGCAGUCCCUUACAGGAAGAUGGGAUUUAGUGGCCUCCAGCCUCCUCCCUCUUAUGUUAUUUAGUGUCCGUUGUCUCCUUGUGCCAUCAAAUGGGGGAGAGUUAGCCAUCAAACCACCUGGGUCAAGCUGGAGAAGAAGGGGUAUCAGUGAUCUCCAGUCCACUGUACUGUUGGUUGGGAAGUUGUGGCUUCAUUCCUUACUGGCUGGGAAAAUGGAAAACCAUUUACCUCAUCAGAAGCCUCCGGAGAAUCAACAUCACUAAUUGGCUGUUGUCUUUGAUGUAGGGUCGCAUUCAUCAUUUCGAGUAAUAAAAUGGAACGUAAAAGAUGCGGAAGAAAUAUUCAAUGGAUACGUAGUUUUAAAAAUCACCUUAUUCAAGGGAUACGUAUAGGAUUUUGUGAUGAUACCUUUUCCCAUGGGACGUAAACCAGUAUAGAGUGUAAAUAGUUGCUUAAUGUAGGACUUUUCGUGAUGUAGACUUACCUCAUCUGUUGGCUGCACUUAUGGUCCGCAGAUUGAGACUCGUCUUUAUCUAUUUGUCAUUUUGAUUCAGAAUUGGUCAGCUUCUCACUUUGGAUGCACAAAACUUUGGUUGUACACAUCCACGUCUCAUGAGGGAAGGCGUUUGGUUCAAAAUAGCUUGUUCCUUUCUUGCAUCUUGUUUGUGAACUCAAGAGAGAUGGUCUUUUGUGCACAGUGACUAGUUGAGUCCUAGCAUCGUGCCAGUGAUUUCUGAUCCAACAGCUUGCUGUGUCAACGCAAUAUAUUAAACUAAUGUGGUUUUCAUUGUCAUGGGUUUGGCUUUCAGAGUGAGUUACCUUUAGGGCAAUCGGACUUGCACUAAACCUCAGAUACAUAUCACGAUUUUUUCAGGUUCCAGAUGGCCCCCCGCCAAUCCUCCAUCCUCCAUAUUCUGUAUAUUGUGACUGAUGAGGUGGUCAUUAGUCCACUAUAAAGGACAAUCUUUUAGAGGAUGUGUGCAUCAUAAUAUCAUGGCUAAUGUAUCUGUUAGCAUAGGGCAUUGACUAUAUUAAGGGAUGGGCGCGCAUCAUAAAUCGAGUCAUAAAAUAAUCGUGUGUAGUACAUAAGACAUGAGGGUAUCAUAAAUUGAGUCAUACAGUAAUCCAGUGUAGUACAUAAGACAUGUGGGUAUCAUAAAUUGAGUCAUGCAAUAAUCGAGUGCGGCACUUGAGACAUGAGGGUAUUUGUGAGGCAUAAGUGAGCUAAUCUUGAUCAUUUAAUCCUACACAGUCUUAGAAUUAUGAAUUAAACAACUGACUUGAGUGAUCUAUCUGAUCAGUUGAGAAAUUAAUUCCUUGGACUAGAUCUUGUUCGGGCCACUUGAUAUGCACUUCUAUUCUCAAAGGAAUCCAUGCAGUUGGAAUUUGGUGGAGUUUUUUUAACACAAUAGUUGUCAAUUUCUGUCGUUUUUCUCAUAAUUUGUAAUGUAAAGGUAUGUGUUGCAGACAGCUGAGAUGCCAGAUUUCUAUGCAAAAGGCGAGUACGAUCUUAGUGGGUUUGCUGUUGGUAUUGUCAAGAAGGAGUCGGUCAUUGACGGGAAGGGUAUUGAAGAGGGCGAUAUUCUGAUUGGCCUCCCGUCCAGUGGUGUUCAUUCGAAUGGGUUCUCUCUAGUGAGAAAGUAGGUUUUUUAAAAUGUACUUCGUCCUCUUUUAACGUAAAGCUUGCCAGCUGCUUCUGUAUUAUUGAUUUCCUUGCAUGUAUUUUAGGGUUCUAGCACACAGUGGUCGUUCGUUGAAUGAUCAGCUUCCUACAAACAGUGGUAAAUCAGUUACAUUAGGUGAAGCGCUAAUGGCUCCGACUGUUAUCUAUGUUAAACAGGUAUAUAUUUGUAUGGAUAAUAUUUUGUUUUGCGUUUGUCACUACUAGAUCUGAGAAGUAAUUACCUUGGAGGUCUGAUGGCUGAAGCAUUGGUAUGCAAUGAACAAUAGGUUCUUGACAUUAUCAGCAAAGGUGGUGUGAAGGGAAUAGCACAUAUCACUGGUGGUGGCUUUACAGACAACAUACCUAGAGUAUUUCCAACAGGCCUUGGAGCAAAAAUUUACAAAGAUUCUUGGGAAGUUCCUGCUAUAUUCAAAUGGAUCCAGGAGGUAUUUAUCUGGGAACUCUUUUGAAAAAGUAUACAUUUUUGUGUCAGUUUUUUGCUAAUUAUUCGAAAUUGAUUUUUUUCCUACUCUUUCUUUCUUUUUUCUCACAUAGCUCUGUCCGAAGCCUAUAAAUAAGGAUUUUCUAAACAUUGAUAUGACGAGAAAGAAGAGUGCACAUUGAAUUAGAGAAAAAAAUAACCAUUAUACGAACAGUCUCUCAGUCACAUCCGUUGACAUGAAUCAUAGGAAAGCUCAAUGAUGUCAAAGGUGAACAAACUAGCUAAAAAUAUACAAUGCGAACCUAAAAUAUUUUUCCUAGGGGAAUAUGGUAUUUCUCGCUAUAUUUUUCCUGAUGAUAUAGCGAGAAUGUGAUGAGGUUCUAAAAAAAAAAAAAGAGAUGAAACAACUGUUUUAUUGUUUCUUUCGGGGCAUUCCAUUUGGUUGAUUGAUAUUUUGUCAUCGCAGAUUGGAAACAUUGAAGAUUCGGAGAUGAGGCGAACAUUCAAUAUGGGAAUCGGAAUGGUUCUUGUUGUGAACCGUGAGACCUCUGCAAGGAUACUUACAGAAUCCAGUGGGAGCAACAACCCUGCAUUUCUCAUUGGUGAGGUUAUAUCUGGUGAAGGUGUGAUAUUCGCAUGA